AUGAAUGGCGAUGGCGGUGAGGAUGAGUUCGGUGAUGAUGAGGGGGAUGAGCUCGGACUAGGGUCUGGCAAGAAGAUGUUUGAAGUUGAGCUGGAUCGCGCAAAGAAGAUCCUUCUUCUACUUCGCUUCUCAACUCUCCUACACAAGCGCGUCCAGCUUGAUAUCCUCUCCAACAGUGCCAUAACCACAUCUUCUAAUUAUCUUGCAUCCCUUGAUGCCCUCCCCGCUCGCUCGCAUGCCCUCUUUGUGGCUUUUGACGACGUUAUCGCAUCAUUGUAUGCACGACAAACCCGCCUUGUAUCGCUUCUGCAAUCUCGCCCCUAG